AUGGCUAAAGAAGUUCUAGAUAAUGAGGGCUGGCUAGCAAAAGGAAGUAACUACCAUCAGAAGAACGAGUUACUUAAAGCAAUAGAAUGUUAUGAUUCAGCAAUAAGACUUAAACCUGAUAACGCUCUUUCUCACUAUAAUAAAGGUGUUGCUCUUAGAGGCUUAGGGAGAAAUCUUGAAUCAAUAGAAUGCUAUGAUGCAGCAAUAAGGCUUAAACCUGAUUAUGCUUCUGCUUACCUUAAUAAAGGCGUUGCUCUUAAAGGCUUAGAAAGAAAGCAAGAAGCCACAGAAUGCUAUGAAGCUGCAAUAAGACUUAAACCUGAUUAUGCUAAAGCUUACUUUAACAAAGGCAAUUCUUUUACUGAAUCAGGAAAAAAAUUAGAAGCAAUAGAAUUGUAUAAUGAAGCGAUAAAACUUAAACCUGAUUACAUUGAAGCUUAUUAUAACAAAGGCAAUUCUCUUAGUGAUUUAGGAAGAAAAUUGGAAGCGAUAGAAUGCUAUGACACAGCCAUAAGACUUAAGCCUGAUGAUGCAGCUUCCUAUAAUAAUAGAGGUGUUAAUUUUAGUGAAUUAGGAAGAAAGCAGGAAGCGAUAGAAUGCUAUGAUGCAGCAAUAAGACUUCGCCCAAAUGAGCUGUUAUAUUAUUUCAAUCGCACUAUAGUGCUUAAUAGCCUUGGAAGGGAUAAAGAAGCUUUGAAUGAUUUUAACAGAGCUCGUGCUUUGAUGCAAGAAGAGCAAAACGGCAGCAGUAACCUUUCAAAAGGGAGCAUUAACGAUAUAAAUGAAGCAUUAAAGAAAGAUAGUCUUCAAUUGCUUGACAAGCUUACUAAGCUUUAUGAGUUUAAGGAGGAAUUGCAGCAACUCAAAAUCGCUGUUGGAGACAAUGCAAAGCUGCAAAAACAAAUUGAUGAUGAGAAUGCAAGAAUUCGGGCUCAGAAUAUUCAAAUCAUUGAAAAUGUAGUUGAUCUAAUCAGAUUAAAGCAGCAGGAUGAAAAAUCACAUCAAAAGAUUCUAUCCGCUAAUAAAGAGAUAGUUGAGUUUGAAAAAAGACUGUUAGAAGAAAUUAGUCAACUUAGAAUGCAAGGACAAAAAUUUGGGGAGAAAAAAGCAAGCGGAGUCGAUCUUAGAAUGAUAAAUCCUGUAAUAGAAAGCAAUUCUAAACUUAAAAACUAUAUAGCAGCUCUGAGCAACAGAUUAUAUAGUGCUCUUAGCGAAGCAGAGAAUAUUUGUGAUGGGAGAGAUAUUACAAUUGAUAAUUCAAGCAUUAUGGUCAAUGCUUUUUUUGUAGCUAUAGAGCUUAUUCCCUUUGUAGGAAGUCUGCUUAGCAACCCUGUCUCUGGAGUUCCCGAAAUAAUGAAAAAAAAAGAUAUAAGAGCACGUGCAAUCAAAUUUCAAAGCACAAUAGGUUCAAAUCCUAAUGAAAGGCAGCUCGUGAUUAAAAAUGCCUCAGAAGCAAUUGCUUUAAACAGCAAAAACAAAAUGGACUGCAUUGAAACUAACAUUGAAGUUAGAUACUGGAUAAAGAAGCGGCUUAUUGCUAGUUGCAAGGAUUUUAUGACAAUAGAUGCUGAUAGCAUGCUUGAUAAAAGCAAACCACAGAUAUUAGGCUGUAUAGAUGCGCUAAAAAUAAUAUAUGCUAUUGAAAAUGAUCAAGUCAAUCAAAAUUCUAAUUCUGAUUUAAAAGUGAGGCAAAUAGCUGAAGUACUUUCUUCCUAUAACUUUAAUAAAGGCAAAAAGAUAAUGGAAAAUCAAGAUAGAUCAGCAUCAACCUGUUGUAAAAUCUUCUAUGCUAAUGAAAUAAGAUAUGCCAAUCCUUUACUUAGCAAGCUGAGUCUCCUUAAUGAAUUAAGCAGCAUUACAGGUUAUCCCCUUUUUAGAGUUAUAGAUUGUAGCAAUAUACUAAUAGAGCUUGGCUAUGACGUAGAAGGGCUUGAACUUGAAAUUUUAGGCAGUUUAAUUAUUAGCCUAAAUCUUUAA